AUGGUAAAAAGGCUACUCCACUCGGACACCAGUUUGGGGUCUCACACUACUCGUACCCGUUCAGUCUUCUUCGUACUUUUCCUCGGUCUUUUCGUAGUUAACCUCAAUGCGAAUGCGAUCCUACUAGGACAAUCGAAGCUUAUCGGAUACAAUAAAUUGACACCAGAACGGAGGGACGGUGUAAAUGCAAGUUGCGAACCGGAUUACAAUUGGGCAAAUAACGAUGCAGGAAUCUCGCCCUGCGUAAUGGCUGCAGCAAUUGAGGCUUGCGAAACGGGUCCGCAUACUGUUCCACCGUUGUCUAUAGGAUCAUAUUAUAAUCCUCCAAGUUUGGAAACCAACACUGUCAAUGUCUGUCAGUGUUCAUGGGCAAACUAUAACCUGGUUAGUAUGUGUACCGUUUGUCAAGGACAGGCAGUUUCGCUUUCCCCGUGGGCAUCAUACACCGUCGAAUGCGAUGGUUUCACAGAAUCCAACUCGUAUUAUCCAUCGAAUUAUGAAGCUCUGCUGCCCUCCAACAACAGUAUUCCUCUUUAUGCUCAAACCAAUCCGGCAACUCAAUGGACGAACGGUGUUUUCAACGUUACUCAAGCCCAGGCAGUGGUUAAUGGCACUCUCUCUUUACAAACCUCCGCCACAUCACAGUCUACCAGCUCAAAGCCCAUUGCAGCUAUCAUUGGGGCUUCUGUCGGCGGGACAGUUGUCUUACUUUGCUUCACAGGCAUUCUGUUUUGGGUACGCCGACGAAAUGCUUCCAAAGAUGAAGGUAGAUACCAAAAUCUUCCGAAUGUUGGCACACCUCCAAGCACUCGCCUGUCGUCGAGUACGCCACAUUCAACAAUUAAUACUAGAAACGAUGGUAGUCUUCGGAAUAGCCUUUAUCCUUCCUCAAUCAGUGACUACACUGGAUCGUUGAUACAUUCAGAGGAUUCUACACGGAACUCUGGAGUUCUUACUCCGUUUAGGAAAUCUUAUAUCGACUAUCCAACGGCCCAUGACGAUGGCAUCUAUGCCCGACCAGAGGACUUAGCACCGAUUCGAAGGAAUACUGGGCCUUCAGUUGCUCCGCGAUCUACUCAACAGAUGUAUGAUAUCAUCAGGAAUCACCAGCUGGGACGAUACUCUGAACCCGUCCUUCCUGGUAGUUCGGGUUCUGGUCCCGCAAUAUAUACAUACACAAUCUUGGCAAACAACGUAGCCGAAGAGACAGAGGAGGUACCAACAGACAGUUCCAGUCCCAGUGCUCGGCGCACAAGCAACCCUCCUCCCUAUUCCCCGGGGGGGCCUGCUGGUGAACUUUGA